AUGCCGGCCAAGAUGCCUAGCAACUACCCCUCCGAUGUCGAGAAUGGCAUUGACUCUAGGGAUGCCAUGACCGAGUCGGGAUACGUGAGUGGUGGCUCAAGUGAUGACUACGUCCCGGAGAUUGUCUUCACCAAGCCUCAUCUUCAGUUCCUCAACCGCCAGCUGCAAUUCCUCGAGCCCCAAGAUAUCUUAAGAUGGUGCAUCACAUCUCUCCCUCACCUUUUCCAGACCACUGCCUUCGGGUUAACUGGUCUGGUUACUCUGGAUAUGCUGUCCAAGCUGAAGGUCCCCCGCCCCCAGAUGGUCGACCUGAUCUUCCUGGACACGCUGCACCACUUUCCGGAGACCCUGGCGUUGGUCGACCGAGUCCGAAAGCGUUAUCCUAACAACAAUGUGCAUGUUUACAAGCCUCUGGGUGCUGACACUGCUGCCGAAUUCGAAACCAAAUACGGUUCCCGUCUCUGGGAAAUGGAUGACCAGCUCUAUGACUGGGUCGCCAAGGUCGAGCCCGCUCAGCGUGCCUACCGUGAAAUGAAUGUCCAUGCUGUCCUCACCGGUCGUCGCCGCAGCCAGGGCGGCAAACGUGGUGAUCUUGAUGUGAUCGAGGUCGACGAGGCUGGCCUCAUCAAGAUCAACCCCAUGGCCAACUGGUCCUUUGACCAGGUUAAGCAGUACGCCAAGGAGCACAACGUUCCCUACAACGAGCUCCUUGACCGUGGCUACAAGAGCGUUGGUGACUGGCACUCCACCCAGCCUGUCGCUGAAAACGAGGAUGAGCGCUCCGGUCGCUGGAAGGGUCAGCAGAAGACUGAAUGUGGUAUUCACAACCCUCGCUCCAAGUACGCGCAGUAUCUCAUGGAGAUGGAACUCAAGCGCCAGGAGGAGGCCUUGACACAGGCACUGCAAUCGUCGCUGUCGACGGCAGCUGAGUGA